AAGAAGCGAGAUGUCUGGGAGAGGGAAGGGAGGCAAAGGCCUCGGAAAAGGCGGAGCGAAGAGGCACCGCAAAGUGCUCCGUGAUAACAUCCAGGGCAUCACGAAACCAGCCAUCCGGCGCCUGGCUCGCCGUGGCGGGGUCAAGCGCAUCUCGGGCUUGAUCUACGAGGAGACCCGCGGGGUGCUGAAGGUUUUCCUGGAGAAUGUGAUCAGGGAUGCGGUGACCUACACUGAGCACGCCAAGCGCAAGACGGUGACUGCCAUGGAUGUGGUGUAUGCUCUGAAACGCCAGGGCCGCACUCUGUAUGGAUUCGGCGGCUGAACAACUCGUCCCUUUUCCAGCGAACCCAAAGGCUCUUUUCAGAGCCACCCAAACCCUCCGAUUGAGAGCGGAGACCCGAGGAUGGGAAAAGGCAGCACAUAGGGAGUGGACAGUGUACUGCAGCUGGUUAUUUCAUUUCGAGAUAUUUGAUUUUGGAUCACUCUUUAAAGACAAUACAUAAAGUUCACGCUCAGCGCUACAGGAGUGAAAACAGGUAGAGCGGAGCAUUCACUUCGUUGCUGUCUCCUAUAACGAAUGUUUUACAUUUAAAAUAUCCCUUCAGUGCAGAUAGAGGCUUUUCAGCCGUUCGAGAAUACACUGAUAUUGCUGCUGAUUAUAUCACAUUGCGACUAAGAUACAGAAGUCGGCUCUGUCAUUCGAUCAUGGCUGAUUGGUUUCUCAACCCUGAUGUGCCUUCUCCCCUUGACCUUAGACCCUUUUUCUUACGAACACCUCUCUGUCUCGGUAACAAUACCAGUAUGUGUAGUUAGUUGUUAACACCAUGAAUAAUAAUGUGUUCUUCCAUGAGUUUUGGGACCCAGAGGCGAAUGAUACAUUUCACAGUAUUUGUACUUCAUUGACCCUUCCAGGAAUGAUUUGUUGUUCAGUUUUCACUCUCACAGCCGUGCCGCUGUUUUCGUGCCGUAUUCUUUCUAUCUGCCUGUUACCGACAGGACUGGCAGCAAUUGCAAGUUGUGUGCGGGCUAAUUAUGGUCUGGGUGUAAUUUUAAAAAAGUACCGAUAAAGUGACAUUUUGUAUUUUUACCGUCGCAUACUGUGCUAGCUUUUAAGAUGUUUAAAUCGGCAUGUUGUUUAGAUUAACCACGGUUUCACGUUCGGUUGAUCAGUUUCGCUGGACUGCAUCAAACCCCGCGCUUUGCUCCUGCCUGUUUCAGGCAAUGAUCCAAAGUGCUGGCCGCGCAGACUGCAAUCUCUGUUACAAAGAAAAUUCUAUAACGUAUUCGGCACAAUACAAGUUGCAGACGAAUGGUGUUUUACGUUUUAAUAUUUAUUCACUCUCAGGGUGAAAUCAGCGGAUUAUUUCAAAUCGGUUAACUGCAAAUGAGUUUGUCAAUCAGCCUUCAACAAUUAUUGCUUUUAAAUUUGAAAAGCCCGCCAAAACAUACAAAGGAUUUAUAAGUUUAGGUCACACAAUCUCCCUUUUGGCCCGGUCCCCGCUCGUGUUUGUCGGUUGAUCCCCUUGGUCGGUACAGAAUCGAUUUGCCAUUUUUCUCCUGUGCAGGUACUCAACGGUGUUGUUCCCUGACGGAACAAUGGGGACAGCAUUUUGAUUAUUUAAUGCCGCAGUCCCUUACAGCUAAAACUCCACGUUUACUAUUCCAGGGCGACAGCUGUUCUUGUUUUAUCUUGACCAGAUAAGGCCCUCAGUGACGGUGAGCGGACCCUAAACGUGACCUGUUUUCACUUCCACAAAUUUUGCCAGACUGGUGAAGCUUUUCCAGAGAUUGAACCAAUAUAAAAGUCUGAGAAAAAAAUAUUUUUUAAGAAAUCUAAAAUAAAAAAGGAAAGUUUAAUUAUCGCAAUUUCAUUUACACAGUCCCCAGACUUCACAGAAAAGGAAAAAUAACCAACCAGCAGUGACAGUCUAACUGCUUUUCAUUGAUGUUGUGGGUGGCUCUCAAAAGAGCCUUUGGGUUGUCAGGUUACAGAACGGCCCCUUCACUUUUUAGUGGCGCCCCCAGCGGCGGUUUUCUUGGGCAGCAGCACGGCCUGAAUAUUAGGCAGCACCCC